GACGCGCCGUGGCUCGCGCUGAAGAUGGCGGACGGAGCGGAGGCGGAGUGGAGCAGCCCGGCCGAACACGACGCCUUCUGGGCCAUGGAGAGCCUGCAGGCCACGCUGCAGCAGCUGGAGGCCGGGCUACGGCACCAGGACGUGUCCGAGGAGUCCUCCACCGAGUACUGCGACAGCUUCUGCCAGGCUCUGAUGCAUUAUGCUGGAAGCAGGAACUCUGUGGAGCACGGCCUGUCCUUGCUGGAGGUCUACUGUCUCUCCAUUAACUGUUUUGCGGCGGCGAGACCGCACCUGACGGCUGAUUCUCCCAACGUUGCUCUCGUACUAAAGAGGCUUGCGCUGAGCUGUUUUGAGUUGCUUCUCUCUGUACCUCAGAAUGAAAUCCCUUUUGAAGCCUGGCUGCAGUUCCAUGGCUCUGUUCAGGCUGCACAUGAAGCCAUGUCACAGUACGGGAGCAUGGACCUGCAAGCUCUUCUGCAGAUCACAGGAGAGGGUGGAGCCUGGAGUAACCCCACCCUUGUUGCCCUCCUCACUGGACAGCCCACAGAUGCAGAUGAAGUGAAUGCUUAUCUUGCUCUGGAAGGGGAUGACUUUUUGGAGAUGAGGAUCAAGCACUUGGAGAAAGUCGGAGAGGUUGAGAAGGCUUUGAUUCUCACUAAAGCCUGUGGCAACUGCAGCUUGCUGCCUGGUCAGGCCAACUUUCGCCAAACCUUUGUCACACAACUUUGCCAACUGCUGCCCAGUGAGGAGGCUAUUGUGGAGAUAUCCAGGCUGGAUGGCAAGGAUGUUCUGGACAUCAUUUGCAAUAUGGAGACAGAAGGUGAUGAGAACACAGCCUUCAUCCUUUGUACCACUUACUUCACCCAGCAACUACAGCAAGAAAGUCUGUACUGCUCCUGGGAGUUGACGCUGCUUUGGAGCAAGCUGCAGAGAAGAAUUGAUGGAUCCCUUGAAUCAUUCUUAGAACGGUGCCUCCAGUUUGGGGCUAUAGCUAAGACAGUCUACCAUCUGCUGUUCCUCAUCCGAGUAAUACAGACUGAGACAAUGCACUUUGGUUUGGCAGUGUCAGUCGAACUUUGUGUCAAAGCCCUUCAACUUCCACGACAAGAGGACACAGAAACCAAAACAACUGUCUGCAAAACUGUUGCGUGCCUCCUUCCAGAUGAUUUGGAGGUGCUGCGGGCCUGCCAGCUCACGGAGUUUCUCUUGAGCCCCUCGAGAGAGGUGUUUGACAGCCUUGAGGAUCUUUACAGGCGUCCAGAUCAAAAGUAUGAUGAGGAGAACGCAAUUAUCUCUAAUUCGUUGCGCUGUGAGCUGCUCCUAGCUCUCAAAGCCCACUGGCCAUUUGACCCUGAGUUCUGGGACUGGAAAACCUUAAAGCACUACUGUAUUAAGCUGCUAGGACUGGAGCCUGAGGAAGACGAGAGUGAGGGUGUGGAGGAUGUGCCCAGUGCUCAGCCAGUGACGACUCAAGAGGACGAAAGUGCUGAGAAAGAGGAUGAAAUUGAGACUAAUGAGUAUGGUCAUGCCGAACAAAAGGAGAACAAGCAGCAUGAAGGAAAUGUUAAGGUACAGCAUCAGGGAAGUGCAAAGAAGUUACAGCUUCAGAACUCUCCAAAGAAAGAAGUACUUUGGACUUCUGAAAGGGCCAAAAGGUGGCAGAAAUAUAAGUUCCUCUGUCAGAUAUGCCAGAAGGAGGUGAUUGAGCCACGAUUCCUCCAUCACUCGAGAAAGCAUUUGACAAAUGAUGUAUGGACAUGUCCUGUGUGCCUGCAAAAAUUUGAAAGUAAAGAUGACCUUGUUCCACAUUCCAAAGAACACCUUCGAAUGCCUACCAGAGUCUGCCAUUUGAGAAAGAAGAAAGUCAAAAAGAAGGAGACAAGUGUAAAAAAGAAGUUGGAGUUUGCAGUGGAGACAGAAGAGGAUGAUUUUAAUGACCUGGAGCCUGGCCAGAUACCCUUGGACCCAUCCCUAGUCAUGUACUACCAGUCUACGCAUGAUCCUGUUGUGUUGGAACAUAUUUUGGAGCAAGCUGCCACUGUGCCUAAAAAGCAGACAGAUGAUGAUGAUUACAUCACAUUUGAUUACAUUUAUAAACACUUUAAGCUACAGGAUCGUGAGAUUUAUCCAUGCCCUGCCACGGACUGUUCAAGGACUUUUAAGCUUUACAAGUACUUAGGAGUUCACCUGAAGAAUGAGCAUGAAGAUUCAGACCCAAACGUCAGACAUUACAUGGAGAUGAAAGACCGUCGGGAGAAGUGCACAUUCUGUCGCCGAACAUUUAUGAGUUCCCAUCACCACAGGCAGCACCGUCGCAUGCAUUACGGAGAGCAUCCAUACAUGUGUGUGGUCACAGGGUGCCAUGGCCGUUUUGACACCACCAACGAACUCCUUGCACACAAACACAGCCAUGGCUUUCUGCUUGCCUACCACUGUGAACUCAAGGGCUGUAGUCUCUCCUUUUGUGACCUGGGUCAGCUAUAUCAUCAUGAGGCUCAGCACUUCCGUGAUGCAGCAUAUACCUGCACCAGUCUAGGUUGCAAGAAGUUUUACUACUGUCGUAAAGAAUUCCUGAAGCACUUAGACACUCAUGGCAUCACCUUCUCAGAGAAGGACUUUGAGGCACAGAGGAAAGCAAAAAGAAAACUUUUGCUUCCUGUUGCAGAGGACGAUGAUGGUUGUAAAGUGUCCCAAGAGUCAAAAAAGGAAUUGUUGAAUGGGGCACAAAACAAACUCUCACCAUCACGACACUUGGAAUGCAAGGAGUCCAGAGGUUCACUGACUUGUGUUGCUGUCUGUUUCGAUGGUAAAAAAUUCACUUGUGGCCUGGAGAAAUGUGGCAGGACCUUUAACAAAGCAAGAGAGAUCCAGAAGCACUUGAAAAUUGUACAUCCUGAUCAGUUUAAAGAAGAGAACAAGGUUUGCAAAGUAGAAAAUGAAGAACAUUCAAAGGACAAGUUUGUUAAAGACAGUAAAAGCAGUCGAGACGGAAGUCCAAGUGGUUCAUCCACCCAGGGAUCUAGUCAGGAAAAUGUUCUUUUGUCUUCAAUAGAUUCUGUGCAGUUUCAAUCAGCAUCUUCCUCAAAACUCAGUGCUCAUACAAGUCACUCAGAACUCAGUGAUGCACUGACUGAAAUUGUGCUAGGCCUUAGUCAGCUAAGCCUUAAUUCUGCUGUCUCCAGCAGCGUUCGACGUAAUCCACGCAGAGAUAGUUCAGAAUCUAAAGUGCCACAGGUGUCCUGUCCCACGACUUCAAAUGUUAAGUCUCCUGCCAAAGCAACACCCAACAUAAUCGGAAGUAAAUCUCAACAGGCACCUACUGAUUCAAAGAGGCAGCUGUGGAAGGCAGAAUCACCUUGUAAGGCAGAGUCACCAUCUUCACCUAGAGAAGCCAACUUUGAUAAUCAGGCAGACGAUAUUGUUUUCCAGCAGCCAAGCAAGCCUUACACUUGUGAUGUUGAUAGCUGCGGCUAUGAAAGUGUGACUAGCAAUGCACUGGUGCAUCACUAUGUCACAAAGCAUGGAUAUAACGAGGAGGAAGUAAAACAGAAGGAUAUUUUUAAUCCUCUCAAGUUCAGACCUUUCAAGUGCCACCUCUGCUCUAAGGGCUACAAAGAAAGGAAAGAGCUGAAGGCUCAUUAUCGCCUUAAGCAUAACAAAAACAUGGCAGUUGCAGAACAAACAAACUGCCCUUUGGCAAAGAAGUCUGUGGAUACUCCUGCUCUGCAGGCUCCGGCCAAACCAAACAACAAAGAAAGUUUGGGAUCUUUGAAAAAAAAGGCUGAGGCUACUCCUUCUCUGCAGGCUCCAACCAAACCAAACAGCAAAAAAGGUUCAGGAUCUUUGAAAGCAAAAGAGGUUCCUGUGGAGAAAAAGAGUGUUCCUGCUUUGAAAGACAGAACUGUAAACAAGGAGAGAGAGAUGGUGUGGGUGGGUAAGAAGGAGAGAAGAGAUGACAAAAUUAUGAAUGAGGAGAAGAAACCAAGGAGUAGACAGCCUUCAUUGUUGAAACAUGGCCCUGCUGAGGGCAGAACUGCUGUAGAGGGUAUCGUGCAGGAGAGAAGGGCAAGCCAGCGUUUGGUGACAAAAGGGAAUAAGUGCAUGGAUGAUGCAGGGGAAGAUGAAUCCUACUACUGUGUACACAAGGGCUGUGGUGCGGCGUUCAUGAAGCAGUACAGUCUUCUGCGCCACUUGCAAAAUGUACACCACUACAACACCUCCCAGGUGUGUUGGGAUGAGGAUGAUGAUGUUUUCCAUUGUAAAUACAAUGGAUGUAAUAAGCAGUUCAAUUAUCUCUCUACUCUGAACAGACACUACCGCAAAGAACAUCAAGUAUCGGAGGAACCCAUUCCGAGAUUCAGGUGUACCUAUGCGAACUGCAAUGCCACCUACCACCUGAAGAGCAGCCUUUUGCGUCACACCAAUCAGACGCAUCAGAACCAGACUCCGAUAAAGCCCAUAGCCCCAUCUUCAGCCCCACCUUUACAAUCCAAGUUCAGCAGUUUCAAAAAGCACAUCUUCUACAGGCGCUGUGACCACUCCGUUCCCCUUGUGGUGCGUCUUCAAAGCGCCCAUAAAAGAGAUGGGUCCAACAGUGGCUGCCAGAAAAAACUGAUCAUUACACCCUCCUCUCAGUCAUCAAAGGUCUCCCAAAGGUCACCUCUCAAGCAGUCUUUAAGGUGCUGCAGUACAGAUUGUGGCACUAGUCAGACUGAGAACUUUGAACCUAUUGAAGAAGCACCAGAAGAGGAGCCAUGUGCCAAGUCCAAGGAAAACGGGGAUGAAUUUGUUUAUCGAACACCUGAGGAGGCACUGCAGAUGUGCCAAGAUCGUUGCUUGCCUGGGGCUUACCCUUGCAUGGUGCAGAACUGUGACUCUGUGGUAUCCAGUAUCAAAAGUAUGCGACGACACUAUAUAAGAGUUCACAAAAUGAUGCCUUCCAUGUUGUCCCAAAAUCAAGACAAGCUCUUUUACACAGCUGAGAAGCUAGAAGAACUCAUACAAAAGAAAUCUGCGGUGUCUGCUUUACCCGAUUUGACAAGAGUUCCUAAUGGUGUCCUCAAAAUGGAGUAUCAAUCUGAGCCUGAGAAUCCAGGAGGUCCUUCCGUGCCUAUGAGCCUCCAUUCUAUCAAAACGGAAUCGAUGGGAAAGGAGCUUGUGGAAUUCUCAGGGGAGCUGUCUCCUGAUAGCAGUGUACUGAUUGUUGCAGAUGAUGUGCUUUAUGGGGAGUCUAACGGGCGUGCUGUUGAGCUUCUUGACCAGGGAAAUCCAGCUCAGGAGGAGCAAUUGUCUCAGGAGCGACCAAAAACAGAGUCUCCAGCUCCUCCCCUUGUGCCUCCUCCACCGCUAGACCUUUCUCCACCAUCCAAGCUUAGAAUAACUGUUGACGAUGUUUCACAAGAACCUUUGGGCAGAGAAAGCAAACCAGUUAGUGUCUCUACUACCAUCUGUAUACCUGCAAGUCCUACCCCGACACGACAGCCUCUCAGGCGAAAAAAUUCUGAACUCUCUGAGCCACUACCCACUGUGCCUCACCCACCAGCCCAAAAAGAUCAAGUGACGCACAGCUUGUCCCCAAAGGCGUUUGACAUCGCAACUUAUAAGCCUUUGGGAUUCGAGUCCUCAUUCUUGAAGUUCAUUCAGGAAAAGGAAGAGCAUUUGCGAUGCGACAAGGUGCGGACAGUGGCAGUCUUGAACACCUGCUAUAAACCAGAACCUACACGACGACGUGAUCUUCACCGACGCAAUGGCUCAGUCAAGGAAAAUGACCAGAGAGGACCGGUCAUCUCCCGUGGUAAAAAGUCUCGAUCAUUACACCUUAAGCCCUUGCUCUCUAAAGGGGAGUGCAGCUCCAUCCAGAACCUACGUUUUAUUUUGGAAAGGGCUUUGAGGGGCUGUGGUGACCAAGCUAUAAAACAGCUUCAGUUCCUUAAGCCAGUAGUAGUUUUAGAAAGACCUAAGUCUUCUGCUUCAUUUCUUCAUCUUGUACCCCCUGAAACAAAAGCAAAACUGCUGCUUGGGACUAUUUAAGGCAGGUAAACGCUUGCCUACUCUUUUAAAGUUUUAUUUUAUUAUUAUUAUUAUUAUUAUUAUUAUUAUUAUUAUUAUUAUUAUUAUUAUUAUUAUUAUUAUUAUUUGUGAUCUAAAUGA